AUGCUGGCUCAGCAACAGGAAGUCGAGGCGGAUGUCCGCAAGGAAGACCAGCUGCGCAUCAACGAGUUCGGCCGCAACAACGCGUCGCUGCACGAGAUCCGCGAGCAGAAGAAGGCGCUCAAGGACAAGCUCGACACUCUGGACGACGCCAACACGGACCUCAUGAUGGGCGAGGGCGACAACGUCCAGCUAUUUAUUGGGGAGAGCUUCGUGGAGGCCUCGGAGGACUUUGCCCAGGAGUACCUCGAGAAGCGCGUGGAGGAAGCCAACGCGGAGCUCAAGAAGCUACAGGCGGAGGAGUCCAAGCUCGAGGCGCGGCAGGCGGCUCUGAAGAAGGUGCUGUACGGCCGCUUCGGCCAGAGCAUCAACCUCGAGGACAGCUAG